GUAAGAUCUUCUAAUAGUAUUUUCAGACCAUUGUCUUGAAGUGCACUCCAUGUCUAUAGGUCUGCGAUGGGUGAUCCGCGAGAAGCCCGCCCUGCGUUUGGCGACAUAUCAAACACUAUCAGUCGUAAAAGCGCCGAUGAAACAAAUGAGGAGAAAAUAAAGAGGGAAGAGAGAAAUAGAAAACAACGUGAAUACCGCGCACGUAAGAGGGCCCAGGAAACCAGUGAACAAAGAGAAGAACGGAAUAGGAAGCAACGUGAAUAUCGUGCAAUGAUAAGAGCUGCAACAGUGGCAAAUACACCUGGUCAGGGUGAUAAUAAAAAACCACACCUGGUCUGCGAUGUAGAACCUAUAUCCGGUGCCACUGAUGUCCAAAUGACCGAAGCAGUGCAUUCGACCUUGGCACCGUCUCUGUCACCAUAUCUCUUAGGAGAAAAGUCACCACAAGAAACUGGUGUUUCAGCCAUUUGCCAGCCAUCAAUACAUCUUGGACAAGAAAAUAUUGAUCUUACUGAUUCUAUGGACUGGCUGCAUAGGAAUGAUCAGUACGUUAGAAAACAAAGACCACCAUUGGCGCCUUUGCAGACUGAAAGUUCAAACGGCACCGUAAUUAAUCCAGGUGCCACUUCAGACAAUAUCAAACUGCUUAGAAGUCGGAGUUGGUACAUAAAUAUGGAUGCCACAAAGAAGGCAAAAUUGCUGCAACAGAGACGAGACUAUAAAAGAGCAAGAGCAGUUGAUAGCAGCAACCGAUCGUGCCCUACUCUUCCGGAUGAACAAAAUGAUAGCCGCAUGCUUCAGACACAUGUAAAGCCGAUGUGUACAGACGCCAAUGACGUUGAGUUUGAUGCUGCUUUGUUUGAACCUGCAGGCAUUGAUUCUGAUGAUGAAGAGCAUCUACGUGAUGGAGAUGAGGGAUUGGUGAUAGAAGAUGGUCCUAACGAUUUUGAGACCAUGCAGCUUCUUGGUGCAGAAUGUGCAUUCCAGUCAUAUCGUAUAGAUGGUGAUUGCCCAGGCAAUGCUGCCGCAGAUGAUCCUUAUGAUUUUGUUUACCAAAAUUUGCCGAAAGGGCACCAUGUUUUGAGGAAGGCUCCUGACUGCCAACAUUGUGGGGCCAUGAGAUUUGAAGGUGAAUCACCAGGAUUCUGUUGUCGAAUGGGCAAGAUAAAAGUCCAUAUCCCUGAUGUACCUGAUGAGUUGAAGAGGUUGUUCACAAGUCAGGUAGAUAUUGAUGCAAAGUAUUUUAGAAAACACAUUCGGUACUUCAAUUCACACUUCUCCUUCACAAGUCUCGGGGUUACACUGGACCGAAGAUACUGCACUGCAGCGGGCACUGGCAUAUAUACAUUCCGUGUACAUGGUGCCCUGUAUCAUCGUCUAGACCAUUUAGUGCCAGGAUCAAAAGGGCCACGCCACCUCCAACUCUACUUUUAUGACACGGAACAUGAUGAGACAUUGUCCCAUAGAGUAAAAAGGUCACCUGAUCUUGAUAUAAACAUUGUAAGGAAUGUGCUCAGGAUACUACAAGAAGGAAACCCUUAUGUCCAAACAUUUAACAGGGUUGGUGCCAUUCCAAAUCUUGAUGACUAUGUAAUUGAGCUCAACACUAAUGUGACACCCGACCAACGAAGGUAUAAUGCCCCUACUACCACACAAGUUGCUGCUAUCUGGACCGAUGGAAAUGACCCUCAAAGAUCUUUUUAUCUCUAUGAGAACUCAGCAUAA